UCACAUACGAGCCACAUCCGAGUGAGCUUCGAGACGGUUUGAAUAACGCGAUUUGAUGCGCGUACGCAGACGUUCCAAAUUCGAAUUCGCGCUUUUUUUAAACUAGUCAAUUAAACUUUUGUGGUCGGAUUGUGGUUGUGUUGUGAUAAUAUGAAAUCCUAAUAGUGAUAAACAAUAACUUUAAACAUAACAAAGGAGGUUUUUUGUCAGCUGUUUUUCGAGAAAAUCAUUAUGAAUCAGCAGUGCAAAGUGUGCGGGGAGCCGGCAGCCGGUUUUCAUUUUGGCGCGUUCACUUGUGAAGGAUGCAAGUCGUUCUUCGGGCGGACGUACAACAACCUGUCCUCGAUAUCCGAAUGCAAGAACAAUGGCGAGUGUGUCAUCAAUAAGAAAAACAGGACGGCGUGCAAAGCGUGCCGGUUACGAAAAUGCCUCCUUGUCGGCAUGUCCAAGUCGGGAUCGAGGUACGGGCGGCGGUCCAACUGGUUCAAGAUCCACUGCCUCUUGCAGGAACAGCAGCAGCAGCACAUACAACACAUGCAGACGAAUAAAUCGCCGCCUACGUUCAACACGUCUAUAAAUCCGUCGUUCCUGCCCACAAAUCUUUUGCCCGCGGCGGCUUUGGCGGAGUAUUACAAAAAUUCCGAGAAAACUUUCACUGACGAUGUGACGCGGCAGAGCGUGUCGCCAUCCGACUCGGGAGCGUCAUCCGCUGACCCCGAAGACGAUAACAGUUCAAGAAGUACAAGCGGUUUGAGUAUAUUUCGGCCUGCCUCCUCCCCGAGCAGCGAUAAAGAUGUCCGCUUACACGCCAUACGCAAUCAAAAUAAAGACGUGAGAAGAAAAAAGGUUCUAGCACCUUCUCCGUUCAGCCUCACCCCGCCUUUGUCAGCGACACCUAAUUUCCCUCCACGUAGUGUGCCAUUUUUACCUUCCCCCAUGCCACAAUUGCGGCCUAUACCAUCUGGUAUGCAGGCUUGGCAGAAUCGUAAUGGAGGAGACCUGCUAUUACAUUCACCAGCCGUAGCUGGAAUAGCUGUAGAACAAGACCAGCCAAUAGAUCUCUCCAUCAAAUCAACUGCAGUGCUAUUUAGAAGUCCCAAGAACGAAGAGGUCAGUGACUCCGAGCCUGAACUGAGUAUUGACUUGAGUUCCGACACAAAAGAAAUGAUGAAAAAUCCACUUGACCUUAGUCUUGUAUCGAAACGAACUGAAGAAGUGCCAAUGACGGGCUAAUUAUUGAAUCGUCUGCCAUUAUUUGAAUCUCGUUUAUUUAUAUGUAAAUACGCUAUUUCCUAGUUAGUUAAAGGUGUUGUAAAAAUUUAAAUUUUAAUAAAUACUUUGCCAUACAGUAUUUAAGAAAUCCGAACAUUCCUUCCUUGUAGAGUAACUACUUAUUUGUUCUACGCAUAUAAUGUUUUAUAUUAAAUGUAGUUAGGUAAUUUAAGUGAAAAGAAAUUAUGGAAGAGUGAUAAUUGAAUGCCAUGUUAUAAUGUACUAUUUUUGGAUAUAUAUUCGAUCGAUGUGUUCAAACGAGUGUAUAAUAUAAUAAGGUUAAAAUAGAAAGAAUAAUACAGUGUAUUUUUUGUAGACUUUUUUUUAUCUGACAUAAUGAUAUUAUGUUAAUAAAAUGUUCUGUUUGAUUUUAUUUUUAAGAAUUCCUCUUUUGUGAAUACAUCGUGGAUACGUUCUGUAAUUUGAACUUUUUCUUAUUAGAACUAGCAAAUAUGUUAAGACAUUUUCAAAAAGACGGCAUCGCUUCCUAAAUAAUAUAUAUCUGUAGAUUAAUAAUUGUGCCAGUAACGUCUAUGCCAGUGUAAUUAUUUACCAGUUUUAGUUUUUUAUGGGAUUUAAGGCCAGUUUUAAAGCUCAAAAUUAAGUGUACAAAUUAAUGAGGGAUUAUUGUAUAUUACGAAAUCGUUGGGAAUAAAAUAAGUAUUUAUUUUAGUUUUUAGGCCAGUUAUUUGAGUCAUAUUAAUUAAGUAAUAAUUAGCAUAAUUCUUAUUUUGUAAUUUAUAUUAGUUCAUUUGUGUUUUGAUUUGUGUUACUAGAUGUUUCGUUGUUUGUUUUUUUCGUUUGUUGGAGAUUUUAUACUUUGAUACAUUCCUUGUAUUGUUCACGCCGAUAUUUCGUAGUUGAAUGCUCAUUAUAAAUCAGCAGAGAAA